AUGUGCAAUGCAUUUUAUGCUGCUAAAGUUUGCCACGAACAGGUGCAAACUUUUCUUGCCUCUUCACCAACAAACUCACUCUAUUCUCUCAAAUCCACUUUCGAUAACGACAACAAUCCCGUUUCAAAUUUGCAUAAUAAGUUGCACUUACCCACUCUAUACCCACCAUCAUUCAAUGCGACGCUACACCAGUCUGCUCAGAAUCAGGUCCUAAGGUCAUACAACGAUUUUCUUUCUGUGCUGAACCACUGGAACCUUGAACAACUUAGCAUAUCCUACAAUGGCGGUAAAGAUUGCCUCGUACAACUUAUAAUCUACCUAGCCGCAAUUUAUCAAUUCGUUGAAGUAGAGGGAAAAGGAAGUGAGAGAGAGCCUCAUACUAUCCAUGUGAAUGCUGUUUAUGUACACACAGAAAACGAGUUUGAAGAUCAACUCAGGUUUUUGGAAAAAUCGGUUUUGCAGUAUGGUUUGGACUUUACUGCCGUUUACACCACAAUAGAUGCAAAUGAUUAUGAUAGCUCGCAAAUCCUGACCGGCAAAGCUAACGAGCUUUCAAAGGGGAAAAUAACUUGCUUAUUCUCCCCAACUCCAACACUCCCAUGCGGUUUUUUGACAUACCUAAAAUCAAAUGAAUCUGUCGAAGCGAUAGUAGUUGGCAUACGCCGAACUGACCCAUAUGGAGCAUCACUUAAACUUGAACAGAGAACAGAUACACACCGAGGAUGGCCCGAUUUCAUGCGCAUCAAUCCUAUACUCGGAUGGCAUACGAGUGAUGUAUGGUACUUCAUAAAAUGGUUGCAACACGCAUCAAUUAAUACUGAUUUUGCGAUAGACUACUGUUCUCUUUACGACGACGGGUACACUUCUUUAGGGGGGUGUGACAAUACUGUUCGAAAUCCACAGUUGAAGCGUAAAGACUCUGGAAAAAAGGAUAUGCUUUUUUGGCCUGCUUGGUGGAUUCUUGAUGAUGAUAUCGAGAGAUUGAGUCGUGUACAGAAAGGAAAAGUAUGA